UAGUCCUAACUGCGCAGGCGCAUGCUAUCGUGAGUUAUUGCAGCGUUUGCGGUUGUGCUUCGGACAGCGGGAGAGACGAAGUAGUUUCUAGUCUUUUUCAGCACUUUAAACCGCCUGUUUUGUUUGUACUACUGUCAGAUUAUUUCGCGAUAUAGUAGCGGACUUGAUCUGUAUACACAUCACUUUUAAUAAUGCCACGGGGCGGGAAAAGAGGCCACAAGGGCAGGGGGAAGCAAUUCAGCAACCCUGAGGAGAUAGACCGACAGAUGAAGGCACAGAAAGAGUUGGAUGAAAAUCCUGGUGCCGAGAAGGUGGACUCUGCCGAUUCUGAGGAAGAGAGCAGCAGUGACGACGACACUGAGAGGAAGAGAAGUGGGGUGGAGGGUCUUAUAGAGAUUGAGAAUCCCAACCGUGUGUCUCAGAAGAGUAAGAAGGUGACUGAAUUAGACGUCAGUGCUCCCAGAGAGCUGUCUCGCCGGGAGAGAGAAGAGAUCGAGAAGCAGAAAUCAAAGGAGCGCUACAUGAAGCUCCAUCUUGAGGGCAAGACUGACCAGGCCAGGGCCGACCUGGCCAGACUGGCCAUCAUCAAGAAACAGAGGGAGGAUGCUGCCAAGAAGAGAGACGAACUCAGGAAAGAUGCUGAAGACUCCAAAGCAAAGCGCUAGUCCUCCAUCUGAAAGCUUCAACACGCACUUCAGUCUCGGAGGGAUGGAGAGGGCAGGAGAUCUGGAGGUGGAGAACUGGGGAGGGGGA